AUGUCUACCGUACGGCACUGUGAAUCAUGGUCAAGUCAUAUUUGUAAGUCCCAUGAGCGAGUGACGGCAAAACUCAUUACUUACGUCUACAGGAAGUUCGAGCACUCGAAGACCUUUGGCCAGAUUUGCUCCGCCGCCUCCAACGCUGUUUGGGAUUCUUCCAGCGACAAUGCUCCUCAAUCGUCUCGGUCCACGGUAGCUGGAUCCGGCCGGGCCAUCGUCGGCGCCAACGAAAGCGUUCUGACAUGGGACAUCAAGAAGGGAGAGCUGGUGGAUACAUGGAGGGUAAGCGACGACAGUGCUCCUGUCACGGUUAUCACAAGAUGCGCCGCUGCACCCGAUCUCUACGCGGUCGGGUAUAAUGACGGCAAGAUCCGGGUCUGGGACGCAGUGACAUCAACGAUAAUCAUAACAUUCAACGGUCAUAAGUCCGCCAUUACACAAUUAGUCUUUGAUAAGCCGGGGGGACGUCUUGCCAGUGGAUCCAAAGACACGGAUGUCAUUGUAUGGGACCUGAUCGGCGAGGUAGGCCUAUACCGAUUACGAGGGCACAAAGACCAGAUCACGGGUCUUCAGUUUCUCUGUCCGCAGCCAGGCGAAGCGGACUCGGCUUCAGACGAGCCCGCAGCCUAUGAUCACAUGAUUUCCACAGGAAAAGACUCCCUCAUAAAGGUUUGGGAUCUAUCAACUCAGCACUGUGUUGAGACCCAUGUGGCGCAGACAAACGGGGAAUGCUGGGCGUUGGGAAUAGACCCAGACGCAUCUGUCUGUGUGACUGCGGGCAAUGAGGGUGAGUUGAAGGCAUGGCUGAUCAAUUCCGCAGCGAUGAAUCAGAAAGCGCCGAACGCUUCCAAUAAUCAACAGAAGAUUCUUAUCGAUCGAGGGACGUUCUACAGAUCAGGAAGAGAACGGACGACCGGCAUAAAUUUUCACCCAAAGCGCAAUCUGCUUGCCGUGCACGGCACCGAGAAAGCCGUCGAAGUCUUUUACAUACGGUCCGAGAUCGAAAUCAGGAAAGCGCUGGCACGCAAGCAAAGAAGGAAGAGGGAAAAGGCAGGCGGCGAACUGGAUCAGGCCAAGUCGGACAACGCUACCAUUGAUCCAGCCACAGCGUCGGUGACCGACCUCAUUGUGCCUUACCUAACCAUUCGCACGGGAGGGAAGGUUCGAUCGAUAGACUGGGCUGGUGGCAAGUCAGGCAAAUCAGUCUCAGUAUUGGUGUCAACUACGAACAACCAGCUCGAGGUGUUUGAUGCAGUGAUAGGGGAUGCAAAGGCAAAGAAGUCAGAACCUGCCGAUUACAGCAGAACUCUUUCGGUGGACGCGCCGGGGCAUCGUACUGAUAUCCGUUGUCUGGCAUUGAGCUCCGAUGAUAGAAUGCUCGCAAGCGCCUCUCAUGGAAGCCUCAAGAUCUGGAAUACUCGAACACAAAGCUGCUUGAGGACACUCGACUGCGGCUAUGCGCUCUGCGCGACCUUUCUACCAGGUGACAAGAUUGUUGCCAUAGGUACAAAAGAGGGUACGCUCGAAUUGUUCGAUAUCGCUUCGUCUAUUCUGCUUGACACUAUUCAAGCCCACGAGCGAGAAAUCUGGUCCAUGCAGGUCUCGCCUGAUGGCAAGAAUCUGGUCACUGGGUCGGCCGACAAGAGCGCGAAAUUCUGGGACUUCAAAGUCAUUCAAGAAGAAGUACUUGGAACUACUCGCAAGGUGGCCAAGCUCACGCUGGUGCAUACCCGCACCCUUAAAGUCGCAGACGACAUCCUGGCAGUUCGCUUUUCUCCCGAUUCCCGCCUCAUCGCUGUGUCCACCCUCGACAAUACCAUCAAAGUCUUCUUCCUCGACAGCCUCAAGCUAUACCUCACCCUCUAUGGCCACAAACUACCAGUUCUAUCUAUAUCGAUUUCGUACGACAGCAAGCUCCUUGUGUCGUCCGCGGCCGACAAAAACGUCCGCAUCUGGGGUCUCGACUUUGGCGACUGCCACAAAACCUUCUUUGCUCAUUCGGACUCGAUUCUGUCUGUCGCCUUUGUAUCGACCAACGAUGACGGCAACGGUCAUCACUUUUUCUCUUCAUCAAAAGAUAGAACUAUCAAAUAUUUCGACGGCGACAAGUUCGAGCAAAUCCAAACUCUGGCUGGCCACCAAUCCGAGAUUUGGGCACUGGCCGUUUCCAACACCGGUGCCUUCGUCGCCAGCGCUUCGCACGAUAAGUCGAUACGUAUCUGGCAGCAGACCGACGAGCAGAUAUUCCUUGAGGAAGAGCGGGAGAAAGAACUCGAGGACCUCUACGAGUCUACCCUGCUCACUUCUCUGGAAGCCGACGAGCGCAAUGCCGCGGAAGACCCGAACGCCGAGGGUGCCGUCGUGGAUGCUUCCAAGCAAACCGCACAGACGUUGAUGGCAGGUGAGAAAAUCGCAGAGGCUCUCAGUCUUGGUCUCGAAGACCUCGAGAUCGUACGGCAGCACGAGGAACUACAGUCUGCAAACCCGAACAAGACGCUCGCACCGCCACAGCGGAAUCCGAUCCUCGCUAUCGCGCAGAACAACAUUUCUGCCUCCGAAUACGUGCUAAAAACCUUCGAGAAGAUCCCGGCUGCAUCGCUACAGGACGCACUUCUUGUACUCUCAUUCUCGCAGUUACCGGCGCUGUUUACCUUCCUCGGCUUGUGGGCGGAAGAAGGCCGCAAUGCUGCUCUGACAUGUCGCAUAUUGGUGUUUAUGCUCAAGGUUCAUCAGCGGCAGUUAGUAAGCCAAGGCGGGCUCAAAGCCGACCUAGAGACGCUAAAGCAUAAGCUGCGAACAUUACUUGAGGGACGAAGGCGUGAGGCCGGGUGGAACCUUGCCGGCCUACGAGUCCUUGGUAGGCGUGUUGCCGAACAGGAAGACAGCAAAGGCUGGCUAGAGGGAGUAGAGGAAGAGGUACCCGUGAAAGAGACCAAAGGUAUCAAAAGGAGCUUCAUCAGUGUGGCCUGA